CAACAGAAAAGCAUAAAAACAAAGCGAUCGAACUGUUGCAGCAACUUUUAAAAUGUUUUGAGAGUUUUUUCGUGCUUAUUUAAGUUAGUAAACCACCAAAAUGGACUGCAUCGUACCGAACUGUGACCCCGAGGGGCGCAGCUUCACGCUCCGCUUUCCCCGCAGUCACGUCCUCUGUCAGCGGUGGCGAACGUCGAUCGAGCUGGGCAGCGGCCGGGCCCUUCCGGCCGACCUGGACUCGCUGGAGGCGGAGGUUUGCCAGCAGCACUUCGAGGAGGUGGACGAGUACAGCGAGCCGGUGCUGUUCCGGAAUGAGAGCAUGGCCCGCGACGUCUAUCUGUCCAGCUGCCGGCUGUGCCUGCGGAUUGAUUUCGCCGAUCAAAUUUACGCAAUCGACAGUGGCGAGAUCAUCAUCGGAGACAUCCCAGUGGAAGAGCUGCUCAAAACAACGUUCCAGAUCCAACUGCCUUCGGAGCCGGUGGGAGGGAUCUGCGAGGAGUGCCUUGUCAAGCUGGACAUGGUCGCAUCGCUGAAGCGACACUUUUGCGAGGGAGCCAAGAGUAUACGACGGUUGGAGACGUACAUCAAGGAGGAGAACCGACUACGGUACAAAAAGGUAGCGAAGGUGAAGGCGCAGCCAGUUGAGCUGGAUGUUCAAGAAGUGCAUGAACCGAUAGAUGUAGAAGCCGUUGAUUCGGCAAACGUGAAGCACGAAGCAAAGCUUGAGGAGCUGCUCGUUGAGUCGAAUGUUAUGGCGGUUGAAAUGGCCGAAGACGGGAUAUUUGAGGAAGAGCAACUAAACGAAGCGAGCGAAGAUGAGAAUGUACAGGAGGAUGUAGUAGAAGAGCCGGAACAUGACGAACCGGAAGAAGAGGAGAAACCUAAGGCGAAACGAGCAAGGAAACCUAAGAAGAUGUAUUCUGACGAUGAACCAGAGGCGAAAACGCGACGAAUUGGCAGGCCUCGUGGAAGUAAGACAAAUUUAGCGAAAACGCCAAAAGUCAGGAAAGUCCACAUCAAACAUUUAACCGAACGCAAAUGCUAUCUGUGCGUGCAGCUGUUCGAAACCGACGAGGAGCUGUUUUCGCACAUUUCGGUACACGUGGAUCACCCUCUGUACUGUGAACUCUGCAGCGAAACGUUUCCCAGCCUGACGAAGUACAAUCGCCAUCUGGCGAAGCACGAUCCGGAGGAACGCCCCUUCAAAUGUGACCAUUGCGAGCUACGGUUUUGCGAUGGUCUUGCGAAGCGUCGCCACGAGAAGCAGAAACACAACGUGGACCAUCCGGUUACGCUGAACACUAACGCGUACAGGAGAAAGGGCAAAUUCACCUGUCACAUGUGCGGCAAGCAGUGUUUCUCCAUGUCUUCCCUGAGGGAACACGAAGACAGCCACGCCGGCAUCAAGCGGUACGAGUGCAAAUCUUGCGGACGAUUAUUUGCCAACAAAAACAAUCUGGAAAGGCACCACCUGAUUCACACGUCGGAACUUCCGUUCAAAUGUACAAUUUGCGGAAAAGGAUUCAGACAAUCCCCAAUGUACAAGGACCACAUGAGACUUCACACGGGCGAGACUCCGUACGCUUGUAACGGGUGCGAUCAACGGUUCUCCUCUACCUCGCUGCUCCGGAGGCACAAAAUCCGCGACCAUGGCCAAGCUCCAGGUCAUCCGAAGGUCGGUGGGCUGGCAAAACCACGUGCCUCGAACAACUUCUGCCGGUUUUGUUUGGCCCCGUUCAGGCGCCACAUGCAGCUGGUCGACCACGUCGAACGGUUUCACGCAGACCAGGAGGUGGAAUUCUUCAACUGCCAGCUAUGCGAUCAACGCUUUGUCGAGAAAACCCUCUUCGAAACGCACGUACGUCAUCACGACAAAAACUUCCAGUGCGAACUGUGCGAGAAGAGAUUCGCCUCGCUCGAGGUGCUCAAAAACCACGAGGCGCGACACCACGAAGAGGGGAAGAAGGGCUACGUUUGCAAGACCUGUGACAGGACCUUCUCGCACGUUGCCAACCUUAAACGGCACGAACUGCUGCAUCUGGGCAUAAAACGCUUCGAGUGUGAUUUCUGCGGGAAGCGAUUUGCCCAGUCGAACCAGUUGCACGUGCACAGGCGCACGCACACCGGAGAACGACCCUACACUUGUCACUGCGGUAAGAAGUUUGCCGACAACAGCACGCUAUGCAAGCACCGGAAGAGUGUUUGCAAACCGCUUCCGGUGACGGAUCCCAGCGGAACUUUUGCUUGAAAAAUACAGUUGAUGCAACAGAA